GUUCCUCUCCGCCAAUGAAAGGUCGGGACAGUGGCGUGGCUGAAGCCGGGCCCAGGGAGCGCGAGCGGACGGAAACAUAUCAAGUCUACAGAUCAAGACUUCAAGUGAUAGAGAAUCCACUGCAUCCCUAGAGCAGGAUGUUCCUGGUCGGACUGUCAGGUGGAAUUGCUUCAGGAAAAAGCACAGUAGUGGCAGUAUUCCGGGAACUGGGCUGUGCAGUGAUUGAUGCCGAUGUUAUUGCCAGACAGGUGGUUCAGCCCCGCUUCUUAGCCUAUCAGCAGAUAGUGCAUAACUUUGGAAGUGAAAUCCUCUUGGAGAGUGGAGAGAUAAACCGGGAGGCUCUGGGAAACAUUAUCUUCUCCCACCCGGAAAAACGGCAGCUGCUGAAUGCCAUCACUCAUCCUAAGAUCCAGAAAGAGAUGCUGAAACAGAUCUUUAAAUACUUUGUGCUAGGCUACCGCUAUGUGAUUCUGGACAUUCCUCUGCUGUUUGAGACCAACACACUAACCAAGUUCAUGAAACACACAAUCCUGGUUUACAGUGAUCCGCAGACACAGCUGGCACGACUGAUGAAGAGGAAUGGCCUGGCCCAGGCAGAGGCAGAAGCGCGCAUCGCCUCCCAGCUGCCGCUUGAUGAGAAGUGCAAAUUAGCUGACCACGUGAUUGACAACUCCGGGGACUGGGAGAGCACGCGGCGGGAGGUCCUGAGACUGCACUCCCAGCUGGAGGACUCUCUGGAUUUCCUCUUGGUGCGCUUAGUGGCGGUCACAGCAGUUGCUGGAAUUGGUGGGCUGGUGUGCUUUCUCCUCAGGCAUUUUCUCUCAUAAUUCACUUUUUUUAAGGGACCAAAACGCUGCCUGGAAUUUCAAGUUUGCAAAGGGCAGUGAAAGGUCAUGAGCCUUAAUGGCUUUGCCGUCUGAAUACAGACGACAAGAUGAGCAGAGUCUCCUUGUAAACUUCUCAAGGUGAAGCAUGGAUUCCUUGCCAAU